UGUCACUGUACACUGAGUUGAUGCUUUCCUGCUCAACAAAGAAAUCUGCCGGUCCUAGAACAUAAGACAUGGGCACUGCCUGAGAUUCAUGAUCGAACGACCCCGCCAUUACUCGACUAUUCGUAGACAACUUGAAUAUGCCACCCACCCAGCGCACCGACGUCCUGAUCGUAGGCUCUGGCUCUGCAGGGAUAUGUGCUGCUCUAUGGCUUACCAUAUGCAAUAUUCCCUUCCGUAUUCUGGACAAGCGGCCUGUCCAAAUGGCCAUCGGCCAGGCCGACGGCGUGCAAUGCCGUACCGUCGAAGUCUUUGAAUCGUUCGGUGUCGCGGAAGAUCUUCUCCGGGAGGCUUUCCAUAUUCUUGAAGUUAGCUUCUGGUCCAUGGUUGGCGAAGGUAUCAGUAGGACAGGAAGAAUCCCGGAUACCAAAAAGGGACUUAGUCAUAUGCCACAUGUUAUCCUUAAUCAGGCGCAAUUCAAUGGUAUUUUACUGGAUAAGAUGAGGCAAGUUGGGGCUAAGGAGGUUGAGUAUGGCUGGGAGGUCAAAGGGGUGACGAUUGAUCAAGAGAGAGCCGGGGACUAUGGUGAUGAUGUGUUUCCUGUGCAAGUUUUUGCUGAGAAGGAGGGUCAAGAGCAUGUAAUCGAGGCGAAGUACGUCUUGGGCUGCGACGGCGCACACAGCACCAUCCGCCGCUCUCUUGGCCACAAAAUGCUCGGCGACUCUUCCGAUACCGUCUGGGGCGUCAUGGAUAUCUAUCCACAAACCUCCUUCCCCGACAUUCGCAAGAAAUCUACCAUCCACUCCACCUUCGGCAAUAUCGUCAUCAUCCCACGCGAAGGCGGCUCCCUGGUCCGUCUCUACAUCGAGCUUCCCGCCGGCACUGAUGCUAAGACUGUCCAACUCUCCGACCUCCAUGCCACCGCAAAGGCCAUCUUCAUGCAGUAUCCCCUCGAGAUCGCCGAGACGCUGUGGUGGUCCGCAUACACGAUUGGGCAACGUCUCGUGGACCGGUUCUCGGCCUUUGAGAGAGUCUAUCUGACCGGCGAUGCGUGCCACACGCAUAGCCCGAAGGCUGGGCAAGGAAUGAAUGUAUCCUUACAGGAUGGAUAUAAUAUCGGGUGGAAGCUGGCCCACGUGCUUUCCGGCCGCUCUCCUCCCUCACUUCUCCGCACAUAUGAUGUCGAGAGGCAGAAGGUUGCCGCGGAUCUGAUCGAGUUUGAUAGAUACUUCACGAAACUGUUUAGUCUGAAGCAUACGGGUGUGGGCGGCGACGAUGCGAAAAUUGCGGCAGAGUUUAGUCAGGGGUUUGAGAAGAGCGGGCGGUUUACAGCGGGGCUGACUAGUCGGUAUGAGGAGUCUAUGAUUACAGGGAUGACGGCAAGUAUACAGGAGCUGGCGAGCGGAUUACCGGUGGGAAUGCGGUUUCCGAGUGCGCAGGUUGUGCGAUUUUGUGAUGCGCGAGCGAUGCAAUUGGUGAGGGCGUUCAAAGCGGACGGGAGGUGGCGAGUCGUUGUGUUCGCGGGUGACAUAACGGAAUCUGGAAACGCCGAGAGACUGAGCAAGUUCGCCGAUUUCCUAUCGUCGCCAACAGGCCCAGUACGCAGCUUCACCCGCGAGUCAGAAGAUAUCGACAGCUUCAUCGAACCGAUCCUCGUGCUUCGUGGUGACCGGACGAAAAUCGAACAGGAACACAUACCGGAUUUCUUCUGGCCUGCGACAGGAAAAUGGCGCGUUCGCGACCUCCAUAAAACAUAUAUUGACGACGAUCAUUACAAUUCUGGGCACGGAUAUGCGUAUGAAGCAUAUGGUAUUGCUACAAAUACAAACGUUGUUGCAAUUGUCCGGCCUGACCAGCAUAUCGCACUCGUUGUACCCACGGAUGACCACAAGGCAAUAUAUGACCUCUUUGCAGGUUUUUGCAUUAGAACUUGAAUUGAAGAGGUGUCGCAUUCCAAGGAUCACGUCUGGUGAAUCUUGAUUACGAGCAUGACAGGGCGUCAAGUGAAUUUCUCGAAGUUUAGCUAGACUUCUAUCGCCCAUGGUAUUCAAAUUAGCGUCAUGCAAACAUAAUUUAGAGAGACUCAAGACUCCCGACCUCGAGAAGUCGAUGAUGUAACCGAGAUUGGCAUCCAGUCAAAACAUGUUCACCCGCUGUACUGACUCUCGUAAGAGCCUGGCUUGGAAGCGACUCUAAGCCAUGCGGAAGACAACAGUGUUAUGACUUUAACACAUGGUCUUCCGAUGUUCUCAAUAGGCAAAUCCUGUUGAGUUCGAACGGAUAAAUGUUGCGUUAUGUCCAACAACGCUAGAGGUCUGACCCUUUUGUUGGACCUCCUUGGUAUGUACAGCUACGUCAUACAAUAAGA